AUGCCUGAACUCAAUCCCACGAUCCCCACGGGGUCUUUGGUGCUCGUCACCGGCGUCACCGGCUACGUCGCGUCGCAGGUGGCCAAGCAAUUCCUAGAGCGCGGCUACAAGGUGCGAGGCACGGUCCGCGAUCCAAAGAGAGCAUCCUGGCUGGUGGACGACGUUUUUAAAUCAUAUGCAGCCAGCGGUGAUUUCGAGUUUGCUACUGUGCCCGACCUGGCGACCCCCAGCGCAUUUGACCAGGCCGUGAAAGGUGUCGCGGCUAUCUGCCAUGUCGCCUCUAUCGUCAACUUUGAUCCGGAGCCUAACAAUGUCAUCCCACAGACCGUGGCGGGGGCCGUGUCGAUCAUGGAGGCGGCUCUGACGGAGCCCUCGGUGAAGGAGUUUGUCUACACGAGCUCGAUCGUGGCAGCGACGAUCCCUGCACCCGGCAAUGUCACCCGAGUCGACCGCAGCACGUGGAAUGACCAGGCAGUCCAGCUUGCCUGGUCCGCAGCGGCAGAUGAUCCCAAACAUGGCUCAGUUGUUUACCAAGCGAGCAAGGUUGAAGCCGAGAAGGCGAUCUGGAGGUUCGUAGAGGAGAAAAAGCCGCACUUCUCCGUUAACUCGGUUUGCCCGUCCUCGAUCAUGGGCGAGCCGCUUGACAGAAGCCAUAUUGGGUCACCUGCGGCGUGGAUCAAGCAGCUGUACGAUCGGAAUGUGGCGUUCUUGUCCCGUGCCCCAGCCCUGUUUGCCGUCGACGUGAAAGACGUUGCCCGGCUCCACCUGGCCGCUGUUCUUGACCGGGGCGUGAGGAACGAACGUCUCCAGGCCUGGUCGCAUCCCUGCAAUUGGAACGACAUCCUCGCAAUCCUGCGACAGCUCUACCCUCAGCAUGAAUUCGUGGAAGAUCUCCGGGGAAUGACACAGUUGGAGAUCACAACCGACCAGACCCUGUCCGAGGCCCUCCUGAGACGGUGGGGAAGCCAGGAUGGAUGGACGCCUCUGAAGCAGACGGUGCAGGAGAACAUGGAUCCUAUCCUCGGGUGGGAAAGCACGGUGUAA